GACUUCUAAAUUAUGAGUGUCUGGCGAAUGCGUCAUUAGAGAAUAAUAUUGAAAAGACCUUGUUUAAGCUAUACAAUAUAGUUUAAGUACAGUAGUAACGUAAAUUUAAGAAUCUGUUUACAAAUUGAGUUAUUAAUACAACUUGAAAUUAUUACAAAUUCAAUGCCAGAAAUGGAAACUUAUACUCAUAGUCUUAAUGAAGAAAUAAAAUCAGAUGAAGGAAUUCUAUCAUCUAACCUAAUUAUGCUACGUUCAAGAGGAGAGAAUUUAAAAUUCAUAACAAAACUUAAUCUAUGGGGUUUAAAACUUAGAAAUAUUUCAAUGGUGAAAUCUAUGCCUAAUUUGAAAGUGAUUAAUAUGAGUGGAAAUUGUUUAAACUCACUUGAACCAUUUACUAAUUGUUUUAAUUUAUGCGAACUUUAUGUACGCAAUAAUCAAAUUGUAAAUAUUAACGAAGUGGCAUAUUUAAAAUAUUUAAGCAAAUUUGAAAAGUUAUGGUUAACUGGGAAUCCAUGCUGUCAAUUCUUUAGAAUCAAUGAAAAGAAUGAUACAAUUCCAUGUAAUAGUUCAGUAGUGUAUAGAUAUACUGUAAUUCGAAAUUUACAAUUUUUAAUUCAUUUAGAUCAAGCAGCAAUCACUUCUGAAGAACGUGAACUAUCAGAAAAGUAUGGUGUCCUCCUUACAGCUCCACCACCUUGCCCUUCUCUAUCAUCUAUCUCAACUGAGUUAUCUAUCGGAGAACAAUAUCCUUCAGAGACAUCAGAAAACAAGCUAAAUGAUAUAAAUAAUGAAGGCGAUAAUGAAUCUAACAACACACAUAGUGUAGUCGACAUAACCUUGAGUUCAGAUGUAGAAAUGAAGAAAUCAGAAAAUGGUUUAUCAUCAUUGUCAAAUUAUACAAAGCAAUUAUCGACAAAUAUGUUAAAUAUAAAUUUUUUAAGGGAAUCCAAAUCAAUUAACGAGAACACAGUAUCAAUCAAUGACUCUAUUCAUUCUCAAUCCUCUUGUAAUAAAAGAAAUGUAAGAAUAGAUUAUGUUUACAAGAUGUAACAUUGAAGGAGACAAACAAAAUACGUCAAGAGUACGGAUUAAAACCAAUUAACAAGAAUAAAAUUUCAUCACCUGCUAAGCGAUUUCAACCUGUUGAUCAAAAGAAUGAAAAAAUUGUUCGAAACUCAAUAAUACGCCUAUUGAAAACAUUGAACUAUGACAGCUUGGAGAGGAUAAUUCAAGUAGCUGAAAAACGUUUAAUACGUUUAUCCGGUUCGUCAAUAAUCACCGGUGAACAUACUGAACAAAAUGAACAUUCAGAAUGGACACCUAAUGGAACUUAUGACUGUUCAAUUUAUAUGAAUGGUGGGAAAUGAAUGUAGGUUUGGCUAAAGAUACAAAAAUUUGGUAUGAAGUACUAACAAAGAAAACAACUUCUAUACGUAUGUAAAUUUUUUCCAGUUAAAUUGAUUAUUUAAAAAUGACCAGUUUUUGAAAAGAAAUUCAUGUAUAAAUUAAAGUUGUAAUGUAGAAACUAUGUUAUACUUUGAAUUUUAGCUGAAAUUCUCUAAAGCUUUAGGGAUUCUGUUUAAAACUACCCAGUGAUUUUUUACUAUUCAUCGUUUAUAUCUAUCUAUAUCUAUCUAUCUAUCUAUCUAUGCUGAAAAAUGUAGCCACACCUUAACUAAUUUGUCAACUUCUCUUUUUAAUAUCAUUGAUAAUAUAUAACAAAAAUUGGGAAUAUUUCACAGUAUUUUGUUUUGUUUAAAAAUGAUGUACUGAAUUGUUUUCGCCAUUUUAAAUAAAUAAAAGAAAUUUUUUUGAAUGU